CAUAGUAAGCGGCGGGCGGUACUCCGAAGGACUGAGUCUACCGCGAGGAGGGAGAUGGAUGCGACGCCGCUGUCUACCGGCUGUGUGAAUGAGAUGGAGGCCGGUGGAGAUGAAGAGGGAGAGGCUCGGGAGGAGAGCGCGGAGUGCCAGAGACUCACUGCAGAGAGAGAUGAGGCCGAGAGGCAACUCAAGCACAUCAAACGGGUUUCCCAAAUGGUGAUCGAGGAGGUGAACGUGUUACAGACCCAGCUUGAGAUCGAGAAAUCGUGCCGGGAAAAUGCCGAGGCUCUGGCUACCAAGCUGAACUGUGAGAACAGGAAGCUGAAGUAUUUGAGCCUGUCCUCACGGCCGUGUCUGGACGAGCUGCUGCCCAGCAUUUCCGACUGCAUUUCCCUAGAAGAAGAGACAGACACCCAAGAACCCGGCUCCGAUCCUUUUUCGCAGUAUAAGCAGCAGGUCAAAGAUCUCCAAGAAACGGUGAGUUCUCUGCUGGAGGAGAAGAAGCAGUUGACCUGUCAGCUUCAAGAUCAGCAGAGACAGAUAGAGGAGCUGACGGCGCUCACCGAAAAGGAGCAGGCCGAGAUGAAGGAGCUUUACAAAACCGUCGAGCAGCAGAGCAAGACCAUUAAGAGGUUCAACAGGGUGUCUAUGAUGGCCACUCAUGAGUAUGAAAACAUGAAGGAGCAGCUGGAUUUGGAGCAGAGCCUCAGGCAGAAAGCAGAGACCUAUGCACAUGAGAUGAUGGUGAAGCAGAAAGAAGCAAACAGACAGAGCGUGAUUCUCCUGCAGCAGGCAGAUCCCGGCCUUCAGCUGCUCAAAGCUUUAGAAGACGUGGCCAGCGUGACCAAAACAUUAGAAGAAGAGAGAUUACAGCACCAAGACAAGGUAAAAGCUCUAGAGGCUGAACUGGACGAAUGCGCUUUGCGUAAGCAACUAGUUCAACUGCAAAGACAAAUGGAGGUACUAGACGAAGAAAAGAAAGAGACUGAGGGACGACUGCAGGAAGAAGAGAAGAGAAGCACUCUUUUGGAACAGAAAGUUAAAGAGCUGCAGGAGGAGAGGAGGAGCUGUGCGUCAGGCCUCCCGGGACGGCCCUGCCCCAGCCCCUCCCCUCAACCGCCUCCCCCUCCUCCGCCCCCCCCCUCCGCCUCCCCGCCUCCUCCCUCCCGCUGUAACCCCCUCAGCUCUCUCAUCGCCAUCAUGAGGAAGUCCUCCAAGGGGGGUAAAGGAGCCCCCAAACUAGAGCAGGCCCCAGCGAAUGAAGCCGUGGACGACGUCAAAGUCAAAGCCGUCAAUGAGAUGAUGGAGAGAAUCAAACACGGCGUGGUCCUCAGGCCUGUGAAGAGCCAGGACACUAAGAGAUUUGGCACAAAGCAGCCGAGCCCCGUGGCGGUGGCGGCGGCGGCGGCGGCGGUGGAGGAAAAACAACAGGAAAGUGCAAUGGAAGAGCUGAAAGGGAUUCUGGAGACGGUGAAGAAAAGUCCCAGCCGUGGUUUCCAGGAAGUGGUUCACGCUAAAAAGGACAGCGAACUGGAAGUGAUUCUGAGGAGGAGACGCAAACAGGCCUGCGAUCCGGACGCAGAAGACGACGGGCAGCUGAGUAAAGUGUCCUCGUCGAACAGCCUGAACGGCCGACACAGUUCUGACUCCGGCAAAGACACAGAAGGGCCGGGCAGCAGCUCUCUGUCGGGCAGCGAGCGCGGAUCGAGAACCAGCUCAGACUCGGGCCGAGAGCCGGCCGCCGAGUCCAAAGGAGCCGCUCAGACGGACGGCGUCCCCAGAGCUCUCUGUGAGAAAGAGUCCGCCGAACCGGUCGCCAACGGGUGCUGUUCAAGUGAAAUGAAGGCCGGCGAUGCAGAGAAGUGGAUCAGUCACACGGACGCGAGCGGCGACCUGCAGACCACCAUCAGCUCCUCCGAUGCACAAAGCCCCGAUGCAGCAAACAGUAGCACAGACGCCGAGUGUUAACGGCAAGCAGCGCUGCAAGGACGGCUGCAUUAUUUGCACAAAAAAAAAACACGCUUUCUAAAUUAGUUCGUUAAAAAAAUUCAACCGUUCAUGCUUUCAGCGAAUAUAGAAAGAUCAUUACUUGCAGCUUUUUUUUCCCGUUCGGUGUAAAUGUGCAGUACACGGAGACGUCGGUCACACGCUUCGGAGUCAUUGUAGUUGCCAUCUCGGAUUCACGGAUCCGAGUCACGAACGCAAGCAAGGAAACCUUUACCGAUGAAGAGUGUCGUUUCUGUGCCACUAGCAGCAUCCUGGAGAAACGAUUGGCCGACGGUCCCGUUCUUCUCGAUUCACCGGAGCAGAAACUCACGGAUGUGCUUUGCAGUCCCCUACAUAUCGUUCCCGAAAGGAGAUAUUUUGAGUCAAUGGGGUCCAAAAACACCACAAGACUGACUUUCAUUCUAUCCUUUUGAGCUUUUCCCACGCCGACGAGUCAAAUUGAGUCCAAAUUGACGACACUGGCUCAUCCCGAGAUCAGGACUGUUUGUUUUAACCAGAUGCCGCUAGUGGCACAGAAUGUACUUCGGAUUCGAUGCAAAGCAGUUAAACAAUCCCCGAACAGAAUCACUGCACAUCGCCGCACCUUUGCCGUUACGAAAAAAGGUCCUAAGUGCGAACUAGACUAUCCAAAUGAAUCAAGAGAUGCAAUUAUAAGCCAUUCGAGCGAUUCCUUUCCGUAAAGAGGGACUGUUGUGGUCUGUUUGGUCUACCUCUAAAGACGCGCUCACCUCUCGGGGAUCUAAAUGAUAGAGAGAUGAACGCCAUCGAAUCACGGAGGGCUACGCACCUACGUCUUCCAGCCACGUCCAGAACUUUUGCACUGCAUGAAUGCGCCGCAGGAAGGUUUGGCUUCGAUCGACAGUCCUGUCUUGGCGAGAUCCGCUCACGAAUGCCGAGCCGUUCCGAUGCAAUAUCAUCUGCAAAUUGUAAUAUUGUGCAGGAUCAGGCUGCCUUUUAAUAACUGCGAAUAUUUGCCUUCUGACUCCUCUCGACUCGAAGCGGACCGCGUUAAUGGUACGAAGCGGUUCCGGCCAUCCCGGUCGUCCGGGUUUUAUCCCUCAGCCGACGCGGGAAACUUCGGCUAACGUUCCGGUGAGGUUCUACCGAGGUUACGAACAAACGUUUUAGCAGCAACAUUAAUAGAAUGUUCGUUCAAUGUUAUCCGGCCUUUAAUAACGUCCUACGAACGUCAGCACAAAAGACGCCGUUCGUAAAGUUUUUUCGGUUUCGUUUGAGUUGGAUGCUUUGCCGCUUGUUUCAGAACGUUCGGAGGACGUUUAAAGUAACGUUGCCGUAACGUUCGCGAAACGUUGAAAUGGAACGCUUUACUGUAAGAUUUACUGAACAAACCGAACAUUUUAAAUGUUAACCCUCUGGGCCUCUUUGGUCAGAACUGACUGUAAAAUUCAACGACACACACACACACACACACACACACACACACAAGCACGGACGUGACUCGGAUAUGUUAACAAGUUGGGUUUUUUUUAAGUAACUUCAUAAAAAAUGGCAUUUGGAAAAUAAAAUGUACAAAUAUUGCAUCGUGUCAUAAAAUGCACCAACUUCGAACAAAAAUAUUAAGCAAUUUUUCUGAAAAACUGGUUAUAUUUCAAGGCACCAGGCGUGACCCAUAAAUAAAGAGGUGCAGAGGGUUAAAAGACCAUUCAAAAAAAACGUUUUCAUAAUUAUUGUGAACGUUAUAUAUGCUGGCUGGCCGGUGUGACGUCAUCGAUGCCAGGCUACCUGCAAUAAUAUUUGGCACGGCCGACAAUUAUGGUUGCAAUUAUAUAUCACUGAAUAGUUUUAUUAUGUAUUCUCGUGGUCACAAGCGAUUCUAAUAACCCACGUUGACGUGACUCAUUUACACUCUUUUUUAAACGUAGGAGACUUGUUUAAACUGCUCCUUGAUUUGUUUCUCACCACUUCUGGAAUGUGUUUUGGCCUUACUUUAUGCACCACUUCUUCCUUUUCGGCCUUAUUGGAGCGUGGGCUUGAUUUUCUAUAAGAACCGAGAGGUGACUGAUCUUGACUUGUGAUCUUGAAAUGAGUGUGUUUUGAAGCUUAAACCGAGUGUACCUGUUUUUAUUUAAAUGGAUCUGAAUCUCCCUCUUCGACGUACCUUUUAAACAACUGAAUAAACUUAUGAAGAAAUACA